AUGUCGAAGGGAUUGAUCUUCAUCACCGGGGCCACUGGCUUCAUUGGCAGCGCCGUGGCUCUCGAAGCUGUCAAGGCCGGUCAUCAACUGCGAGUUUGUCUGCGCAAGCCCUCGGAACAGCUGCAGUCCGUCCUUUCCGAAUACAGCGAUCAAGUCGAAUAUGUUAUCAUUCCAGAUCUCACCAGUGAAACGGCAUUCGAUGGCAAGCUAGAAGGAGUGGAUUUUGUCUUUCAUCUGGCAUCCCCUCUAACUCAUGGAACCAACAAGGAGACGUACUUCACGCCGGCUGUGAAAGGUACGACUUCCUUGCUGGAGUCAGCAGCCAAGGUUCCAAGCAUCAAAAAGGUGGUCGUGACUUCCUCUGUUGCUGCUUUGGUGCCCUUGAAUGGCAUUCCGGCUGGAGGAGUAGUCAAAGAGGACAAUGACUGGGACUUCUCCGUCGACGAGAACGGGUCAUUUGAAGAUCCCGAAAACCCAGCAGCAACACCCAUGCUUCUAUACCGGGCUUCCAAGCUCCUUGCCAACAAAGCAACCUGGGAUUUCCGGGCAGCAGCUAAGCCGCAUUAUGCAUUGGUCACUCUGCACCCAGUAUUUGUCUGGGGACACAACCUUGUGCAGACCUCGGCCGAGCAAGUUUUAUCGGGAUCCAAUGGUCUUCUCUGGAGUCUGAUGAUGCGAAACAAUCCCAGUGGAAGCGGUGGUGUUCAUGUCCAGGACGUGGCCGAGGUGCACGUCAAAGUGUUGGACCCGAAAAUUCCUGAUGGCUCGAAGUAUUUGCUGGCUGCGCCCAUCGACCCUGUUCCUGAAUUUGCAAGCAUUGCGAAGAGAUUGUAUCCUGAUUCUGGAGCCCAGGUCACCGAGGAUAUUCGAAUUGCCUGGCAACCACUCGAUACCACCAAGGCGGAAACCGAGCUUGGGAUUAAAUGGCGCUCACAUGAGAUGAUGAUCAAGGAAGUGAUGGAUCAGCAGCUUGGAUUUUAUCAGAAAGAAUAG